AUGGCCGACGUUUGCCCAUCAAGGUCGGAGCCUACCCUGUCGUUCACGCAGGGUCUCAUCCUCGGCCAGCUCUCGGUGGUGCUCUUGCUCGCCGCCUUCAUCAAGUUCUUCAUCUUUGGUGAUCCUCCCUCGCCCGAAGUCGUCGCCUCCAUCCGCGCUACCGACCGAAGAUCGCGAACCUUAGCACACAAGAAAUCAAUCCUCAGCCUUCGAGAAACCAACGCGCUCCAGCUGGUGCAGAACCCAGCUCUAAAUAAGAAGCAUGUUCUGCGCCCUGGUCCUCCUACCUUGACCAUCGGGUCUAUUCUUAGCAAAACAUAUUACAAGGUCGACAGCCAUCAACCAGAAAGUCUCGACUGGUUCAACGUGCUGAUCGCCCAAACCAUCGCCCAAUUUCGCAGUGAUGCCCAACACGACGAUGCGAUUCUCUCCUCUCUGAGCAAGGCGCUCAACGGCACCGCCCGACCCGACUUCCUCGACGAGAUCAAGGUUACAGAACUUAGCCUGGGCGAAGACUUCCCCAUCUUCAGCAACUGCCGCAUCAUCCCGGUGGACGAAGAUGGCCUUAGCUUUGGAACCGGCAAGGCCUUCGACGCCAACAUGGCCACGAGAGAAGGCGCGCGUCUCCAAGCCAGAAUGGACGUUGAUCUUAGUGAUAUGAUCACCCUGGCGGUAGAGACAAAGUUGUUGCUCAACUAUCCCAAGAGACUCAGCGCCGUUCUCCCUGUGGCCCUGGCUGUUUCAGUUGUUAGGUUCAGCGGUACACUGUCCAUUUCGUUCAUUCCCAGCAACCCGUCCAACAAUGAACCCGCGAAGAUGAUCUUUACCUUUCUCGAUGACUAUCGUCUGGACUUUUCUAUCCGCAGUCUUUUAGGGAGUCGUUCAAGAUUGCAGGAUGUCCCCAAGAUUGCACAACUCGUCGAAUCACGUCUCCAUCGGUGGUUUGAUGAGCGCUGUGUGGAGCCCAGGUUCCAGGAGAUUGCUCUGCCUAACAUGUGGCCUCGCAAGAAAAAUACUCGUGGCGGCGAUGAGACCAUCUCAGAUGUGGACAGGUCUAUGAGCAAGGCCAAGGGAGUCGAUAUCGCUAAGGACGUAAGAGAGGAGGCCCGGAAAGAGAUUGAGGCUGAAGCGCAUGGGGGAGCCGAUAGAGUGCCAGACUCGCUAAGAUACAGGCAUCGCCCGAGGGCAGACGAGGAGUUUCCCGGAGCCGGGUCAAUGCCUGGUUCUAUGCCCGGUUCUAUGCCCUGAAUGAGCAUACCGUUUCCGAACGGGCUAAGGAACACGAGAUUGAACAGUGGUUCUCACUUGACUGCCCUUGGUCUGUUUUGUGAUCUUACAGUCCUCGAACGCUAUGGCAACAACCCCGAGGACACUCCGAGAGAGAAAUCCUUCGCCGUAGAUGGUGUCAUAUAUACCCCGAAUACGGCCACAAGCUGGAUUUCAAUAAUUUCCAGAAGAUGUGAAAGCGAAACCUCGAAAACGCUGUCACUGACGAAAUCCCGAUGGCAGAGGAGUUGCUGCCGCUAAAUCGCAACUGCUUAGGCGGUCACCAUUGCAGAUUGCAGAUGCUAUCCCACGUACAUAUGUAGUACUAUUGUAUCAGUGCCACAUCGUUCUAGAUGAUGUAGAGAUCAAAAGAGAAGAGCGU